CAGCGAAGUAGAGAUAACAGCCUAGAACAUAGUCCGGGUGUCCUUAUAAAGCCUGUGCCGGUGGGCGUUAAUCGGUUCAGUCCAAGUCUAGCUUCUGCAGAGUCAGCCUUGCUUAUUUCCGUGCCAAGCGGAGGUUGCAAGUGAGGCACUCUCGUCAAAAUGCCUGAGGAAACACGCACGGAUGCCUCCGGGGAGGUGGAGACCUUCGCCUUCCAGGCGGAAAUCGCCCAGUUAAUGAGCCUGAUCAUCAACACCUUCUACUCGAACAAAGAGAUCUUCCUGCGAGAAUUGAUCUCCAACUCUUCGGAUGCCCUGGACAAGAUCCGCUACGAGUCUCUCACGGAUCAGAGCAAGCUCGAUGCCCAGAAGGAACUUUUCAUCAAGAUUGUUCCCAACCGCGACGACCGUACCCUGACGAUUAUCGACACCGGCAUCGGCAUGACUAAGGCCGACCUGAUCAACAACCUGGGUACCAUUGCCAGGUCUGGCACGAAGGCGUUCAUGGAGGCGCUCGAGGCGGGUGCCGACAUCAGCAUGAUCGGGCAGUUCGGCGUAGGCUUCUACUCGGCCUACCUCGUCGCGGACAAGGUGACCGUCACCUCUAAGCACAACGACGACGAGCAGUACACGUGGGAGUCGUCGGCCGGCGGUUCCUUCAUCAUUCGCACGGACAACAGCGAACCUCUCGGACGCGGGACCAAGAUCGUGAUCCACCUGAAGGAGGACCAGGCGGAGUACCUGGAGGAAAAACGUAUCAAGGAAGUCGUCAAAAAGCACUCGCAGUUCAUCGGCUACCCGAUCCGCCUGUUGGUGCAUAAGGAACGCGAGACGGAAAGCUCCGAAAGCGAGGAAGAAAAGGAGAAAGAGGAAAAGGCCGAGGACGGGAAGCCCGAUGAGGAAAGCAAGCCGAAAGUUGAAGACGUCGAGUGUGACGGCGAGUCGUCCGAGAAGGAUAAGAAAAAGAAAAAGAGGAAGGUGAAGUACUCCGAGGAGGAGGAACUGAACAAGACCAAGCCGAUCUGGAUGCGCAACCCCGACGACAUCUCGCAGGAAGAGUACCGAGAGUUCUACAAGUCCCUGACAAACGACUGGGAGGACCACCUGGCUGUGAAGCACUUCUCGGUGGAGGGCCAGCUCGAGUUCCGCGCGCUGCUCUUCGUGCCCAAGCGCGCGCCGUUCGACUUGUUCGAGAACCGCAAGCAGAAGAAUAACAUUAAGCUGUACGUGCGCAGGGUGUUCAUCAUGGACAACUGCGAGGACCUCAUUCCGGACUACCUCAACUUCAUCAAGGGUGUCGUCGACUCCGAGGACUUGCCGCUCAACAUUUCGCGUGAAAUGCUCCAGCAGAACAAAAUCCUCCAGGUGAUCAGGAAGAAUCUCGUCAAGAAGUGCCUCGAGGUCUUCGACAGCAUCGCCGAGGACCGCGACAUGUACAAGAAGUUCUACGAGCAGUUCGGCAAGAACGUGAAGCUGGGCGUACACGAGGACUCUCAGAACAGCAAGAAGCUUGCCGAGUUCCUGCGCUACUACACGUCCGCUUCUGGCGACGAGAUGUGCUCCCUGAGGGAUUACACAUCGCGCAUGAAGGAGAACCAGAAGCACAUCUACUUCAUCACGGGCGAGUCCAAGGACCAGGUCAUAAACUCUGCUUUCGUCGAGCGCGUACGCGAGCGUGGCCUCGAGGUCAUCUACAUGAUCGAGCCCAUCGACGAGUACUGCGUCCAGCAGCUGAAGGAGUACGACGGCAAGACUCUGGUCUCCGUCACCAAAGAAGGCCUCGAGCUACCCGAGGACGAGGCCGAGAAGAAGCGCCAGGAAGAGAACAAGGCGAAGUUCGAGAACUUGUGCACUGUCAUGAAAGAGAUCCUGGACAAGAAGGUCGAAAAAGUGAUCGUGUCCAACCGGUUAGUCAAGUCUCCCUGCUGCAUCGUGACGUCUCAGUACGGCUGGACCGCUAACAUGGAGCGGAUCAUGAAGGCUCAGGCGCUGCGAGACUCCGGCACCGUGGGUUACAUGGCGGCCAAGAAGCACCUCGAGUUGAACCCCUACCACCCUGUCAUCGAGAACCUCCGACAGAAGGCGGACGCGGACCGCAACGACAAGGCGGUCAAGGACCUCAUCGUGCUGCUCUUCGAAACUGCGUUGCUCUGUUCAGGCUUUACACUGGAAGACCCUCAGCUGCACGCAGGUCGCAUUUAUCGCAUGAUCAAGCUCGGCCUGGGCAUUGACGAGGAUGAAGUAGCUGGUGCCGGGGACAUCACGUCGUCGGGACCCGAGGUGGAGAUGCCGCCGCUGGAAGGCGACGACGAAGACGCAUCGCGCAUGGAGGAGGUUGACUGAACUGACCUCUCUGUGCCUUACUCUUCUUGUCACACUUUACUCACACCGUCACGGGCUGUUAUUGCGUGCUGUUUCCCCCUUUUCUCUGUUUUUAAAUAAAUUUGCUCGCUUUUCGUGCA